AUGGGUAAAGAAGGCCUCAGGUACGCCGCGAAGGUCGAUUUGAACAGAUCGGCAGCCGAACAGGAUGUCCUCCAUAACCGCUGGCACCCUGACAUUCCCUCCGUCGGUACCAUCAAAAACAACGAAGUCGUCAAGAUCGAAUGCGUAGACUGGACAGGCGGGCAGAUUGGCAACAACGACAGCGCAGAUGACAUGCGCGAUGUCGACCUCACCAAGAUCCACUACCUGACCGGACCUUUCGAUAUUGAGACAGCGGAGCCGGGCGAUGUUCUGGUGUUGGAGAUCCAGGAUGUUCAGCCCUUGGAUGAGCAGCCGUGGGGCUUUACAGGAGUGUUCUCAAAGGAUAAUGGAGGAGGGUUUUUGGACGAGAUUUAUCCUGAACCCGCAAAAGCCAUCUGGGACUUUGAAGGCAUAUUCUGCUCCUCACGGCAUAUUCCCGGCGUCCGGUUCGCCGGACUCAUCCACCCCGGCAUCCUUGGCUGCGCGCCCUCCGCCGACAUCCUCGCACUCUGGAACAAGCGCGAAGGCGAGCUGAUCAAAGCCUGUGCGCACACGCACUCCCGCGUGGUCGCUGAGCCCCCGCAGCCUAAGAAUGUGCAUGCGGGAUCCGCUGGUAAAGAUCUAAAGGAGAAGGUGGGGAGGGAAGGUGCAAGGACAAUUCCUGGGCGGCCGGAACAUGGGGGGAAUUGCGAUAUUAAGAAUUUAUCGAGGGGGAGCAAGGUGUUUUUGCCGGUGCAUGUUAAGGGCGCGAAGUUCAGUGUUGGAGACCUUCACUUCUCACAGGGUGAUGGAGAAAUCAGUUUCUGUGGCGCGAUCGAGAUGGCGGGUGUUAUCACGAUCAAAUUCUCCGUCUUGAAGGGCGGCGUCAAGCAGUUGGAUAUGAAGAGCCCCAUCUACAUCCCUGGACCUGUGGAGCCGCAGUUCGGACCGGGGAGGUACAUCUACUUCGAAGGAUUCUCGGUUGACGAGCAUGGCAAGCAGCAUUACCUCGAUACGACGGUGGCGUAUCGGCAGACGAGUCUGAGGGUGAUUGAAUAUCUGAGGCGGUAUGGUUACAACGACUACCAGAUCUACCUCCUGCUGUCUUGCGCUCCGGUCCAGGGUCAUGUUGCGGGCAUCGUGGAUAUUCCGAACUCGUGUACGACUAUGGGUCUGCCGAUGGAUAUCUUUGACUUCGACAUUUCGCCGCACCUCCCUGCUGAGAAGAGGGACCUGGGAAGUUGUGCGUUUGUGAGCAAAUAAAGAGGGAGCUGUUGUGUUCACUGUUAGUCAAUCGAAU